AUGGCAACCUACGACCCGGAUGAGCUGAGCCGGCUCGUGUACCUGCAUGCCGCCCUGUGCGAGGCUCUCCGGCUAUACCCUCCGGUGCCGUUCGAGCACAAGGGCGUGGUGGCGGUGGAGACGCUGCCGAGCGGACACGAGGUGCGGCCGGGGGACAAGAUCAUCGUGUCGCUGUACGCGAUGGGGAGAAUGGAGGCCGUGUGGGGCGAGGACUGCCGGGACUUCCGGCCGGAACGGUGGAUCUGCGAGGACGGCAAGCCGCGGUACAUGCCGUCGUACAAGUUCGUGUCCUUCAACACCGGGCCACGGACCUGCCUCGGCAAGGACAUGGCGUUCGUGCAACUCAAGGUGGUGGCGGCCACCGUGGUGCGGAACUUCUUGGUGGAGGACGUGCCGGGGCAUGUCGUCGAGCCCAACGUCUCCAUCAUUCUCCACAUGAAGAACGGCUUCAAGGCCAAGAUCAAGAGGAGGCAGGUGAUGAACAAUUGA